CUUCGUUGCUCCCCGCCCCGCUCUUUAGUCCACAUUCUGCGCUCCUCCCCACUUCACUACCCGUGGCAGCGUCGCAGCGGAUCCGGACUGUGCGGCACUGUCAGUGAGCGCUACCGUCUGAUGGUCCUGACACCGCGCCGCCUCCUCCGGUCAGCAUGGGCUGCAACCACUCGUCCUUAGCUGGAGGUUGCAGGGAAUCCGCUACAGAUAAGACACAUGACGACACACCUCAAGAUGACAAACACAGGAAUUAUGGAGGAGUGUAUGUAGGGCUACCAAUAGGACCAGAUGCCGCAUCAUCAAGCAGUUCAAAAGAAGCUCAAGCCCCCAGGGAAUCAUGCAAACGGAUACCAAAGCCUGCAUCCCCUCCUCCAGAUAAUGUCUGCUAGCACAGUGUUCUGUUGAAAACUUCUUAUGAUCAAAGUACGGGUAAAUGUGCAUCUGAUUCUCUUGCGAGCGCUACUGGACAUUUCAUUCUGCAGAGGACACUGUUGGUCACUCUAGAAAGCUGCUACCUCCUGUUCUUUACUUGAGCCUACAGUAACUGACUUUUUAAUUGCUACUGCAGUCCAGGAAGCAUGUACAAGACGGUGCUAGUGUAAUAAAGUAUGUGUGGGAUUUUAUAUAAACAUUUAUUCCAUUUACGUUGAACUCCACAGCAUCAUUAUCCUUCCCUGUAGACUAAUGGACACUUUCUAACUACUGUACGUGUGUAUCUGCCUUUUGCAAUUAGCUGUUGGUAAUGCUUAUAUACAUCUUGAGUUUAAUGUAUAAGCUUACACUUCUGUGAAUUAAAGGGUGAUAUAAAAAAAAGAAUGUCUGACUUUCUUAUAAGUAAGUUAUUUACUGCAACUGAUGUAAUUUGAGCACAAAGUUUAUUCUGGGUAAUUAUUUAUUAACUUUUGAGGGGUUUUUUGUUUGAAUGUACAAAACUAACUUUUUAUAUUCUGAAUUGUUAAUAAAGUUUCUUUAACUCUC